AUUUUAUCUUCCUCAAUUAUAGAGAGGAUUCCUAUUUAAAGGAGUGUGUAUAGACAUGAGAAUCACAUCUUGUGUUUUCAUUGUGGUUAUAAGUGUUGGACUAUAAAUCUAUCUCAACUACAGGGAAAGCAGCUAUUGAGAGUUAAACAAUACUAGAAACAUCAGCAGCAGCAACAACAACAACAACAAUAAGAUUGACUAAACCUUCAAAAUUUCGGUCUCGCCGCUGCCUUUGGUUGACAUGGACAGUAAUUCCAGAGGUAAAGAAGGGCGGGAGGAGCCGGAAGCGGAACAGGGCUGUUGCGGCUACGUGCUGACGGGUGUUUCCAUCUUCAUCCUCAUCAUCUUCUUCCCUUUCUCCCUCAUCUGUUCACUAAAGAUCGUGCAGGAGUACGAGCGAGCUGUCAUCUUCCGGUUGGGUCGGGUCCUUUCCGGGGGAGCCAAGGGACCAGGUCUGUUUUUCCUGAUGCCCUGCGUUGACACGUGUAGAUGUGUCGACAUGAGGACCUUCUCCUAUGAUAUUCCACCACAAGAGAUUCUGUCACGUGACUCGGUGACCGUCGCAGUUGAUGCGGUGAUAUACGCACGCAUUUUUGACGCGACGCUGUCAAUAAUCUGUAUAGAGAAUGCUCAGAGUUCGACGCGCCUCCUUGCGGCCUCUACGCUUCGGAAUGUACUGGGGACCAAAUCACUCUCGGAUAUUCUCACGGACCGCGAAAGUAUCGCAAGUCAGAUGCAGCAUAUACUGGAUGAGGGCACCCAUCCGUGGGGUGUGAACAUCGAGAGGGUUGAAAUGAAGGAUGUCCGACUUCCGGUUCAGAUGCAGAGGGCCAUGGCGGCGGAAGCGGAGGCCACGAGGGACGCGAGGGCCAAGGUGAUCUUGGCGGAAGGAGAGAUGAAGGCCUCCCGUUCCCUGAAGGAAGCCGCCGACAUAAUGAGCCAGUCGCCGGCGGCCAUGCAGAUCCGGUACCUGCAGACGCUGCACGUCAUUUCCGCUGAAAAUAACUCCACAAUCAUUUUUCCUCUGCCUAUCGACAUCUUGUCGGUUGCGACGAAAACAGGGGCUGGGGGAGGCUAUAGCAGACCGGCUAUUCAGGCGCCUCCCGUUAGAAAAGUAGAGCCCGUGCAGCCAGCGAUAGCGGAAGUGAAACAGGAGGAAUCGAAAUCACCGAUGAAAACGGACGUGGUUUUCGAGAAGCAGUCAGAUGCGACAGUCGAAAGGGAUCGGUCGGAAAUCCCCGAUCCUGCCGUUUACGAUGAGCCGGAAAAGGAAACAUUACUCGUGUCUGAGUUGACCCGAAGCGAUCUGAUGGCGAAAUGA